AUGGAGAACAGGACGGAAGUGAAGCGGGAGAAACAAUAUGCGCCCGCGAAAGUCCCAUUGAAGGUCAUCAUUGUAGGGGCAGGUAUAGCCGGACUCGCAGCAGCGUUGUCGCUCGGGAAACGCGGCCACGAUGUGCGCAUCCUCGAGAGCGCGCCCGAGAUCGCAGAAGUCGGAGCAGGCAUCCAGGUUGCGCCGAACAUGCUUCGCCUCCUGGACCGGUGGGGAGUAGGAGCCAAAGUGCGCGAAACCGGAGUCGCCCUGCAAGCGAUCCACAUUCUGCGUUGGGAGAAAGGAAGCCUGUUGGGGAGCGUGCCGAUCAACCAGCAACACGGCGAGCAGUUCGUGGUGCACCGCGCGGACCUGCAGGGAGCUCUGCUGGAGAAGGUUCUGGCGCUGUCCAACGUGAAGCUCCAGGUCAACACGAAGGUCGGGAACGUCCGCUUCAGCCCGGCAGCCGUGGAACUGGCCGACGGGACGAGGAUCGAGGCCGACGUGGUACUCGCGGCUGAUGGGAUCAAAUCGGCCACCCGAGGCAAGAUCCUGGGCGACGACACGGACGUGGCGAUUCCGACCGGCGACGCCAUGUUUCGCGUCGUGCUCAGCAGAGACGUGAUGAGCAAGCACCCGGAUCUGCUACCGUUCAUUGAGGAAAAGAAGGCCAUUCGCUGGGUCGGCCCAGAGAGACAUAUCAUGGCCUACCCCGUGCGGAACCACGAGGUGUAUAACAUGGCCCUGGCCCACCCGGACCGCGGCCGCGUCGACGAGGGCUGGACCACGGUGACGACCAAGAAGAUCCUCUUGUCGGAAUACGAGGGAUGGGAUCCCCGAUUGGUUAAGAUGCUCGAUCUCGUGCCGGAGGGCGACGUCCUGGAGUGGAAACUCUGCAUGCACAUGCCUCUGCUGCGCUGGACGGAGGGGUCUUGCGCGUUGCUUGGUGAUGCGUGCCAUCCUAUGCUACCAUAUGUCGCUCAGGGAGCAGCUCAGGGUGUGGAAGACGCCGCGUCGCUGGGCGUCGUGCUCUCUUCGAUCUCCUCCAAGGAAGAAAUCCCACAUGCCUUGAAAGCGUACGAGACCGCCCAGAAGGCUCGCGCCGAAUAUAUCCAGCAAUCGUGUCUGACCACGCGGAUUGCCCUCCAUUUGCCCGACGGGCCGGAACAGCAGGCCCGAGACCUCAAGUUCAAGGCCCUGUCGUCUGGUGGUGAGAGCGAUGAUAAGUGGGGAGACCCGGAGAUGCAGCGGUUCCUGUGGAGUUGGGAUGCUGAGGCCAAAGCCGAGGAGGCGUGGAAAGGUGAGUUGUGUUUUGGCUGUCCAAGGAGGCCGUUCUGUUCUGUUGUUUGGAGGGCUGCGACUGAUUCCUGA